AGAGGAGCCCUGGCAGGUGCUUAGGUGCAGCCAGUGCAGUGUGAGGAGGGGGCAGCAAGUCAGGCUGGCAAUGAAGGGACAUCUCUCCACUCUGGUGCUGUGGCUUCUUCUCCUCACAAUUCAGGACAUAGCAGGUGUCAACGAGCUGAGGCUGGCAGAUGGAGGCAGCCCCUGUGCCGGGAGAGUGGAAGUUAAACACCAGGAUCAGUGGGGGACGGUGUGUGAUGAUGGCUGGGACAUGGCAGAUGCUGGGAUUGUCUGUAAGCAGUUGGGAUGUGGAGCUGCUGUCAGUGUCCAUCUUAAUGCUUAUUUUGGACGAGGAUCUGGACCAAUUUGGCUAAAAAAUGUUGCCUGUGAUGGUACCAAGUCUGCUCUCUGGCACUGCCGGAACGAGGGAUGGGGUAAGAAUGACUGCGUUCAUAGAGAAGAUGCUGGAGUGACCUGUUUAGGUAAGAAUCAGCCAGCUCAGUCCUGA